AUGUCUGGUGUCAGAGAACUCACCAAUGCGAUUCGGAUCAUCAGUGGUGCGGUUGGAACUAUUGGACUGGUAUACAAGGCCUACGACGCUAUCAAAGAUGUCGAUCGGCAAAUAGAUCAUCUGAUAUCGGUCUGCGGUCUGGUAGAGAAAAACCUAAGUGAGACCCUGACUCUGCUCCUCCAGCGACAAAAAUCUCCGAAUCAAGACGAAAGACGAAUGGAGUACUACAGCUCAAUUGCCCGAGUCGUAAAAACAAUAAACAAUGAUCUUGAGGAUGUAAGAAGGAGUAUCCCACCCCCAGACAAAUUGCCAAAGCCCAAAAUGCUUGCAAGAGUGUUCCGUUCAAGGCCCUACAAGGCUGCUGAUCUCGCCCUUAAUUUGAACGAGAAUGCAAUGAAGCGAAUCGAAACGGCAGCUAUCCAUUUACACAUGGCAACUUCCAAUCUGUGGAGGUAUGAGGAAAGCCCUGCUGCCGUCGACCAGGAUUACUUCAAUGGGCUUCGGAAUCUAAGCCAAAAGUUUAGCAGUCGUGAAUCGACUUUCAGUUCAGAUUUUGAGGUUAUGACGCCUAGCUUGGAUGUUUCUGAUCCGAAAUCCAAGGAAAGAGCAGAGGAAUAUCUCAGAGAUAUUCGACAGUUUAACAACUCAGCAUUUGAAAUCUUCAACGAAGUUAUUAUUCGAACCUUGCAUUCAGAGAGCCAAACUCCCGUUGAGGGCUGGGAACUCUCUCCCAUCAGCGAGCAGCCCACCCUUCCCGAACCUCCUCCGCUAGAAACCCACGUCACCCCAGAAGAGCUGGGACUCAGGUUCAGCGAGGCCAGAAAAAUGGCAGACCUGGCUUCAGAACAAGAGUUCCCAGAUGCGGCGGCAAACUACCAUGCCGAAGCCAUAAAUUGCUACGAGAAACUCUCCGAGGCUAGUGAGCCUAACAUUUCCGUCAAGACUAAGCUCGAGUCAGAUCAUAUUGGCAUUUUAAUCAAAUGUCUUCAAGCUGGUCGACGAAUAGAAGGUAUAAAGCGCUUAAAUAAACUUGCAGAAGACGCAGAGAUCCUAGCAGCUGCCGAUACACGCGAACUCGACGCUUCUGACCUGCACCACCUGCGCCGAGAUAUCGGUAACCUUUAUUUCAAAGUGCAGAGGUGGACUCAUGCAGCACACUUCCUUCGUCUUGCAAUUUUUGAGCCAGGAUUUUUGCGGAAUUACCCAAACAAUAAAGAAGAGGUAAAAUCUAUUGCUUGGGGCAUCAUUCAAGCAUACCAGCACAACUCACUUCUCAUCGAGGUGGGGGCUUUCAGACAAAUGCUUGCUCGCCGUUUAGGCCACGACCCGACACUAGAGCCCCAAGAAUACCGUAAUACCAUUGCUUGGUGUCGGAGGAAGAACUUCAAGGUUGAUGAAACGAGCACGCCGCCUUGCUUCUCCAACCAGAGAGACGCAGAUGGAGAUUUUCCUCUCCACAAAGCUGUCUGCGAUCCAGAUAUCAGCCCAGAAGUGUUGAGGCAACUGGCAUCCGAUAGAAAUGCGAUCAAUGCUAGAGGGAAGAAAGAAAUGACCCCGCUAUUGAUGGCAGUAGAAAAGGGGCAGCUUUCAGCUGUACAAGUGCUCCUUGAAGAAGGUGCCAACCUCGAUCUCAGAACGCCCGAAAGAGACAUGUCGGAAACUGUGCUUCACGUCUGCAGGGAUGCACAUAUUAUGAGACUUCUUUUGGAGAAAAUCCAAUCACGAAGGCCCAGUGUGGCACCAUCGACGCUCCCACAACAAGAUGAAAGUUUAGAAGACCCGCAGCGCAUCGAUAUCAACUCACAAAGCCCGUAUAUUGGGACAGCACUUCAUCACUCAUGCGAGAGAGAUGACUGGGCGAUUGUGGAGGUCCUUCUUUCUUAUGGUGCCGAUACCAAUGCCGAGAACUACAUUCAGCCUCAACAAAACGAAUUGUGA